UUUCCCAGCCAAAUUAUUCAUUCAAUCCUCAUUGCUCAAACAGCAAACAACAGUAUAAAAAUCAGAUAACAAUUUAAAUAAGUAUCUACAUAUAUAUUCACAAUGAGUGGAAUAUCUUCAGCACAAGCAUCACCACCAAGCGACUCAGAAGCAGCAACAACAACCGCCGCUGCCGCUGCCGCCGCAACGACUACAAAAAAGUCUGGAGCAAUGGGUAUCCAAUCAAGUGCCUGGCUGACUGCUGCUGCUGUUGCCAUCUAUACUGCUAGAGUCUUGUGGGUGAAGCUUAAGAAGAGUAAUUCUACUAGAGAUAAGGAAGGUGACGAUGAGGACGAAAUGGACAACGAAGUGGAUGCCGAUGAAGAUAUCGAAAACUUGAAGCUGGAUGACUUGAUCCCUGCGGGAUCCCAAUCGAAUGGGUUGAUGACCACCCACAAAUUGUUCGAAGUGAACAAAGGUGCUUCAUUUAUUUUGGAAACCUAAAUUUGAAGUAGACUUUUCAUAAGCAUUAGACAUACAGUACACAUGCAAUACGCCUACACUUACACAUACACAUACAAAUCGGUGUUAUAAUGCUCGUUAGUUCUGUGGGGGAUCAUCGAGUACUUAUUCACAUUUGUUCUUCUGUUAAAGCAAAUCCACAAAAGUUCGAAUAAAUAUAAAUUUGUUGUAAAUUACACACUUAAAAACGUUUGGCAUUUUUUUUUCUACAAAAAUGUUGCUAUGUUUAGCACAAAAGCGAAUACACGCAUUAAGCUGAGAUUACAAAAUAUAUAACUUCAAUCAAGCGCGACACGACUGUUCUCUUUGAAGGUUUGGACAAGCGGUGUUAUAAUGCUCGUUAGUUCUGUGGGGAUUAUCGAGUACGUAUUCACAUUUGCUAUUCUGUUAAAGCAAAUCCACAAAAGUUCGAAUAAAUACAAAGUUGUUGUAAAUUACACACAUUUAAAAA